AUGCACCGGCGAUGUAUAACAACGAAAUAUAGCACCGGCGAUGUGUAUAGCACCGAUGUGAUGUAUAACGCCGGAAAUGAGACUGGUAGUUUUUAUAAUGUGACUGGUCAUUUUGAUAAUGUGACUGGUCAUUUUGAUAAUGUGACUGGUCAAUGUGACAAUAUGACUGGUCAAUGUGACAAUAUGACUGGUCAAUGUGACAAUAUGACUGGUCAUUUUGACAAUGUGACUGCAAUUGGUGGAGCAAGGAAAAACACCCGUGCCCCACCUCACCUGCAACGCAAAGAUACGAUUGAAACGAGGGGUCGAAUCAGCCGUAUAUUGGCAGAAAAAUUGCGGGGUAAACCAAGCACAAUUAGGAGGAGAUCGGUGUCGGUGGGGUUUUCCAGCGAAAGUCUGGGGUAG